AUCGGAAAGUUUUCCACUUUGAUAACUUAGAUCCACGUGGGUUGUAGAUAUCGGAUAUUGCCGAAUGGGAAGGGAGGGGGGAUUUCGGAUCAGGGAUAUCAUAUCUCGAAGUUGGUAUCGAACUGCACAGGAGCAACAUGGUCUCAAUCACAGGGUGGCUUACUAUCUGCGCACUGAUCGCAAGCUGCGCUGCUAAACAGCCCGUGGCUCAGUAUCGCCCUCUGCCACCUCUCAGAGAGCAGGAUGCUUUGGAGAACAAAUGGGUCCAAAUGCGAUAUGAUAGAAUCCCUGAGAUCUUGGAAAGACAUGGCUAUGAUGCUUGGAUCUUGACGAUGAGAGAAUAUGCCGAAGACACAGCAUUCCGAGCGCUUGUCUCCUCCACAACUCAGUUUUGGGGCCGAAGGAGGACCAUGUGGAUGUUCCACACGAACCCAAAUGUCACGAGUCCUUUCCACUUCGUUUCGCUGAAGGAUGACUUGUGGGAUGGUCUUCUUGAUACCUUGGAGCAGGUCAAUCCGAAGAAGAUUGCCAUCAAUGUCGACGAGGAUAUGGCUUUCUCGGACGGUCUGCACACUGGCGAAGGCCACAAGCUCAUGUCAAAGCUUGGCAAGUGGGCUGAUCGUGUCACGCCUUGCAGAGACAUUGGUGUCGAGGUCAUUGCUACACGAGCUGGCGGGAAGGAGCAGUUGGAAAUGUACAGAUUGCUGCAGGAGAAUGUCUGGGCAAUGAUCCAGGAAGGAUUCUCGGAGCGUGUCAUUGAAAUUGGCAAGACUACUGCCGAAGACCUCAUGUGGUGGUUCAGAGAGACCAUGGUCUGGAAGCUUGGAAGCCGAACGUGGUUCCAUCCGUCUGUUGAGAUUCAUCGGUCCCCAGAUGAGCCGGCCGUUGAGGACCACCCAGCGAUGCGAGAAGGAGAUAUGCUGCAUGUCGAUAUUGGAAUCUACGCCAUGGGAAUGAAUACCGAUACUCAACACCUGGGCUACAUUCUUCGUUCGAACGAGACUGCCCCGCCUCAGUCUUUACAGGAUGGAUUAGCCAUUGCCAACAAAAUGCAAGACUUUAACAGAUUGGAAAUGAGACCUGGGUUGACCGGCGAUCAAGUAUUUUGGGCGAUCCGAGGCGAUAUGACCAAGGCCAAGUUGAACGAACACGGCAGGAUCUACUCACAUCCCAUCGGAGAUUAUGGGCAUAGCGCUGGAGCAGUCAUCGGAAUGGCCGAUUGGCAGACUUCUAUACCCGGGGGCGGCGAGAACAAGGUGCUCAAGGAUUAUUGGACAAGUGUCGAGCUCGCUGGCGUCAAUUACAUUCCCGAAUGGAGACGGGAGCAGAAUUUUGAGCUCGAAGAGGAUGUUUAUUGGUGUGAAGAGACCGACCGAUUCGAAUGGGUCUUUGGUCAGCAGACUGAAUUCCACCUCGUCCAACCAAAGAACAGAAAGCACGGUCACGGCCAUCAACACGGUCAUGGACACAAACACCAUGAUCAUGAGCACAAGCACGCUGGCCAUGGACACAGGCACGGACACAAGAAUCUUGGGCAUCACACAGAAGCCUCUUGGAUGUCUCGAGUUGCCGCCAAGCUUGGAUGGGAUAUUGUUCGAUGGAUCUGAGGGAGAGCAAAUUCGGCGCGGAGGGGGGAGUCUGACAACUCGGGAGGUAACAUCCACAGUCAAAAGUCUUGUCGCGUUUUGAAUGCAAACCAAUAGCAU